AUGUCUAAUGCCAAGCCUAUCAAAACUCCAAUGGCACCUUCCUCAAAGCUCACAAAUGAUGGCACUAUAAUUUGUCAGGAUCCUAGUCUUUAUAGGUCAGUAAUUGGAGCCUUUCAGUAUCUUACAAUUACUCGGCUAGACAUUGCUUACACAGUAAAUAAGUUGAGUCAAUUCGUGCACCAUCCUCUUGAGAUUCAUUGGAAAGCAACAAAGAGGCUACUAAGAUAUCUUAAAGGUACUUCUCAACAUAGCUUACACUAUAAGAAGUCCAAUGAUAUUGACACACUUGCUUAUUGUGACUCGGAUUGGGCAAGUGAUCAAGAAGACAUGAGAUCAACAUCUAGAAAUUGUGUGUAUCUUGGAUCCAAUAUUGUAUCUUGGAUGGCAAAGAAGCAAAGAGUUGUCUUUAGAUCCAACAUAGAGGUAGAAUUCAGAAGUCUGGCAAGUUUGGUUGCAGAAAUUCAAUAUAUUCAGAAUCUCAUCUUCGAACUUAAUAUCAGGAGUAAACAAUCACCUCUGAUCUAG